GCGCAGUCAGUGGCCAGCAUUUCUGUUCGUGUUUGCAUAUUUGUUUUUCUUUAGAACAUGUAAUUACUUUGGCUUCUCCAAACCACCAAUGCAUUCUAAUGCAGUGCAAUUGCUGAUAACACUUCGACUCUGUACACUWCCAUUUGAGAUUUUUGAUCCUGAGAUUACGAGAAACAAGGACGCUGCAACAUCCACACCAAGUUUCUAUGAAUUUAUUAGUUAUUGUUACUGCUAUUGCGGCAUUAUGACUGGGCCUUACUACAGAUACAAGACAUAUAAGGAUUUCCUUGAACAGGAGAAUCCCGAACAGAUAUCAACAUUCCGUCCUGCUUUACGUCGAUUUAAACAAGCACCAUUAUGGGGGGCAUUGUACCUUAUUAUGAAUAUAUAUUUUCCUAUCAGCCAUAUYGGCACAGAAGAAUAUGUCAAUCAUCCUUGGGGUAUCUUAUAUCAGUUAGCUUACCUUGUACCAACAUUUAAUGGUUUUCGAUGGCGUUUUUACAUYGGAUGGAUAUUGGCUGAGAGUAGUUGUAUGAUGCUUGGUCUGGGUGCAUAUCCUUUUGAGACAGAUCCCAAGCCAGGUCUGGGCCCCACUAAACCAAUGCCGACAACCAAUGGAGCUAUCAAUGAUAAAGAAUGCAAACAAGAUACUGAUGAAUCUGAUACUCAUAGCUUCAAGACAAUUCAUAACAUCAAGAUCUUUGAGGUUGAAUAUUCUCCCUCGAUGUCAAAAAUCAUGAAAGAUUGGAACAUGACAGUCCAGUGGUGGAUUUCAGUCUACGUACACCGCAAAUUACCUUUUGCAAAUAGAAAUGUUAGGCUGUUUUUGACUCUCCUUGUAAGUGCAUUCUGGCAUGGUGUUGCACCAGGAUAUUACCUAACCUUCCUCAGUGUACCACUAAUAGUUAUGUCUGAGUAUGGCAUGGAAAGGGCUAUUAAACCCUAUCUGUCUGAGAAACUCCGCUAUGUUUAUGACUGGUGUAGCUGGUUUUUCUUGUACCGUGCRAUGGAGUACACUGGCUGUGGCUUCAUGUUGUUGCAGCUUCAGCCUUGUCUGUCGGCAUGGAGAAGCCUCUACUUUAUAGGUCACAUAAUCAUAGUAAUGUUUAUCAUAAUUCCCAUAUUUAUUCCUAGGAAACGCGAGAGUAAAACCGAAGUUAAAAAAAUUUCUUAACAAGAAAAUUAAUAUACUAUAUUAGUAGGAGUAUUUUAUUUUUUGGUCAUUAGUACGAUUAUUAAAGUAGAAGUGAUUUAUAGAUUUUUUUUUUCGUUUGUUUACAAUAUGUAACUUAAAUACUUGAUUUUUUUGCCGUUACCAAAAAAAAUUUAGAGUCCAAUUUAUAGCAAGACUAAUAUAAUGUAGAAGUAGAUGUAUUUUAUUCUUGGUUAUUAGUGUGAUGAUUACAGUAGAAGUGAUUUAUAGGUCAUUUCUUGACAAUUAAACAUCUAAUUUAUUUGAAA